AUGAAAGAAUUCAAUAUAAAGAGGCAUUACUCAACCAAGCAUGCUAAGCUGCACUCACUGACAGGACAAUUAAGAACAGAAAAAAUCCAAAAGCUUACCGCAAAUUUGGAAAAACAGCAACAAAUGUUUCAUAAACAAAGAGCACAACUUGAUGAUGUUGAGAAAGCUAGUUUUAUACUAAGCUCAAAAUUGGCAAAGGCAUUAAAACCAUUUGCCGAAGGAGAAUUUAUCAAGGAGUGUAUGUUAGAAGUUUUCUGUAUUUUGUGUCCUGAAAAGAAAAAUGAAUUUGAAAAAAUUAGUUUGUCAAGACGAACUGUUGUUCGACGUAUAGAAAUUAUAGCUAAUGAUAUAAAAGAACAUUGA